AGUUGUCAAUGGAACCAGCUUGCCGUACGAUUGCUUCAACGUCAACUCGGAAUUCGAAGGACGUCAUAAAUUUACGACAACGCUGUUGCAUAAAAGUGUUUCAUGGAGCUUUUUUUACUUUUGAUGUAAAUAUUUCAAGCAGAAAACUCUAUACAACUACUUGACAACAGAGAAAAUAACGCGCACACACACACACAUACAUACACACACACGGCGCCAUAAAAGGCAAAAAGCAACAACAAAAAAUUCUUUUAAUUGGUAAUGUUACUUUUACUCAUUUCAAAAACUCUGUUAUUCAUUCAUUCUUUAGCUGACGUCUCUCUCUCUCUCUCUCUCUCAUAUAACUACCUCCUACAGUUUUUUUAUAUAUAUUUAUUUACACACAUACACUCCCCCCCCCCACCUCUUUCUUUUUCCUUGCCUCGCUUUCUGUAAACGCCUUCUAUAAACCAUUUUCUUCCUGCAAUUGGUAGAUUUUUUCCAGCUGAGUGACUGCCAGCUCUGCGAAGACAACUUAGUUUGGAACUAUUACAAAAAGACCACUCCUUCUUGCUUCUUCAUACGCCCCACACCCUCUACUAUUUUCCUUACAGUUGAUCAUGUUAAUACAUUGAAUAGUAGUAAAUCUUUUCUAUUCGACUAGCCCCAGAAAUUCAAACAAGUUUUUAUUUUUUAAAAAAAAAAGUAAAAAGAACUACAGCAAAUUAAGUAUUUUCUCCUUUGAUCGCACGAAUAUUUUGAAUACUAGUAAAGUCUUCCAAGACAAUUAGCCCCAUAAGUUCAACAAUUGUAAGAAAAUAAAAUAAAAUAAAAUAAAAUAAAAUAAAAACUAAGCAAAUUAAAUAUUAAAUUUGGGCUUACGUCAUACAUCAAUAAAUAAUUCGUAAUAUAGUUUAGAGCACAUUUUAAACUAUUUGUUAAUUUCAGUUUUUCGUUGCUACAACUUCUUGACUACUGCUGUAAUCGUGGGCUGGGGCCCAUGACAGGCAAAUAUAUAAUACAUAGUUAAGCGUGUGCAAGUAUCUGAUUUAGAAAAGCAAAAAAUGUAGUAGGAUGCAAGUGUUCCUGCAGUAGAACACACCCUUCCUCUUUCAUUCAGUCAGUGAUCGUCAGUGUCACUUGAGUCAUGUGAUCUUGACAGACAAACUUUGACAAUCCUGCUUAAUCUCUCGCCGCCCACAACAAUUUGUUAACCAGCAAAUUGAGUUUUUUUCCCUUUAUUUUCUCUUUCUUUCUUUUUUUUUUAAUCAUUGUGGGCUUACCACUUUUAAGAAAAAUUAAGCGUAUGUAAAAAAAAAAGGAAGAAAACAAACAAGUACAACAGCACUGAAAACAAAACUAAUAGUUCUCAUCAGUGUUAAAGAUAACAGCAAAAAAAAGUAUUUUCGGUGAAACAGGGCGACAGAGGUUUCAAUUGCAGGUAUUCCAAGUCUGACAGGAAGUUACAUGUGACGUCACAACACACUUUGCCAAAAUGGCUUCAUGGUUGGGUUCGUGUUUUCUCUCUGAAAAUGCUAAAGUACAGAGAAGUCGAAGUCGGAAAAUCGAUCGUAUGUUGGCUCGGGAUAAGAAAAAUUCACGCUUGAUUGUUAAAUUGUUAUUACUAGGUGCCGGAGAAAGCGGGAAAAGUACUUUUCUUAAGCAAAUGCGUAUAAUUCACGGUAAUGACUUCAAUGAAGAUUCUCUCCGAGAAUACAAACCGGUUAUUUAUAUGAACAUAGUAAAAGGUAUGAAAGUCCUGAUCGAUGCACGAAACAAAUUAAAGGUUCCGUGGGAAGAUCCUCAAAAGGAAGAAUAUGCCAAUCGGAUAUUUUCGAUCGAAUCUGCCCAAGAUAUGGAUGAAAGUGACUUCCUCCCUUAUGUUGAUUGUAUCGAACAGUUGUGGCAGGAUAAAGCAAUUAAGCUAACGUUCGAUAGAAGGAGAGAAUUUCAGCUGAUAAUUAAUAAAAGAACUGAAGUGCCGGUGGGAAGUAUACCAACUUAGUGAAUCAUGCAAAAAAGAUGGCAUCUUUGUUUGGAAGCACUUAUCAGUGUGAGCGAUUAUUUUCCAAAUUGAAGCAAACUAAGAACAAUUUGAGAACAAGAUUAACUGAUAAUCAUCUUGAUAAUAUCUUGCUGUUGGCAUCAACAAGUUUGAAGCCUAAUAUUGAGAAGCUUUCAAGGAACAAAAAACAUCGUUUCCCAUUAAUU